AAUCAGACCACAACUCACGCGCUGUACUCAGUCAAAAUCCAGCCGCAAACGAGCAAGGCACGAAAAAAUUAAUUCCGUGAAAAUAAAGCCACGAGGAAGCCCCUGUUACCGAGAGUGUAGCUCGCGCACAGCUUUAGAACUCCAGAUUUCCACUCCAUCGUCAUCAUAAAAGUUUGUGCGCCUCGCGGUGAGGUGUCUUUUGGAGGGCGCAAAGAUGGAUUCAUUCCCGGACCUAGAUGAGGACGACCUCGCGCUGAUAGUGCGCGAUACCAACACGGUCCCAGUGAAACAGAAGCCGAAGGACGUGCCCGCGCCGAUAAAAGGUUCAAGCCCGGAUAAGAGCGAGCCGUCUCAGAAGCCUCCGUACUCCUACGUAGCACUCAUCGCCAUGGCCAUCCGCGAGAGCUCGGAGAAGCGCCUCACGCUGUCCGGUAUCUACCAGUACAUCAUCAGCAACUUUCCGUUUUACGAGAAAAACAAGAAGGGCUGGCAGAACAGCAUCCGCCACAACCUCUCGCUGAACGAGUGCUUCAUCAAGGUGGCGCGCGAGGGUGGCGGGGAGCGCAAGGGCAACUACUGGACCCUGGACCCCGCGUGCGAGGAUAUGUUCGAGAAGGGCAACUACCGCAGACGCAGGCGCAUGAAGCGGCCCUUCAGGCCCCCGCCGACUCACUUCCGGCCCGGUAAGUCUCUGUUCGGGGGGGCGGAUGGCUACGGCUACCUGCCCGCGCCCAAAUACCUGCAGUCCGGAUUCAUCAGCAACUCCUGGCCCUCUGCGCCCGCGCCCUACGCCUCGUGCCAGAUGUCAGGUGGCAACAUGAACUUGAAUGUGCCCGUUAACGUGAAAGGGCUCGCGGCACCCUCUUCUUACGGCACAUACUCGCGCGUGCACGGCAUGUCUCUCCCGGGCAUGUUGAACUCUUACAGCGGCAUAAGUCACACGCACCAGCACGCGCACCUGCACCCCCAUCACGCGCAGCAGCUCAGUCCCGCCACGGCCACGGCGCCACCUCCGGUCCCCUCCGCUAACACUCACACACACAGCAGCCUUCAGUUCGCCUGCUCUCGGCAGCCCGCGGAGCUAUCCAUGGCGCACUGCGCGUACUGGGAGCACGAGAGCAAGCCCGCGCCGCUACACACGCCCGUUGACAUCUAGAGGAGAUGCUGCGGAAAGACCCACGCGC